AUGAGCCGCUUGCCCUCGAUCGCGCCGCCUUCGGCAGCGCAUGUAACACUAGGCAAUGUACCUUCUUCUGUGCCGAAGAUGGCGUCAAAUGAUGCGAACUACGGUACAAAUUCACCUGUAGGAUCACCACGGCUCUCUAUGUCGCAUCAUUUGCCAGGCAUGCUAUCUCCUUACCGCGACUCUUCUACGCGCUUCCAAUCUCUUGGAAGCCCACGAACGAGCAGUCCACGUAUCAGUGCACUUACUCGUGAGGCAUCGUUUGGGUCGUCGUACUACCCGACCUCAGCCUCACGGCCUGCUUCGCCCUCUACGGCCCAGCCGCCUGAGCGCUCGUUCUCUCCCUCACCCAGUAGUGGCGCUCAAUCCGCUGCGGCUCGUAUGUCAACACGGCCGUUGCCUGUACGCCGUUCCUCUGAUGUCACGUCUCGUUUGCCCUUGACGACAGCGACGGGCGAACCGGGAUCAGAGGAGACGUCGUCGCCGCAGUCUGCUGCGCCACCAGAGCCUCAACGCUCGCUAUCUAUUGCUUCGCUGCCGACAGUGGCGCGUGUAUACGAUGGUAUCGGUUUCAAUUCGCCUUCACGCUAUCCAGAAGGGUAUGUAUCAAGUCCUAAACUUGAUUCAUUCCGCUUUAACACAUCCACUUGGCGUCCGACGCUGCGUGAUGGUUCGCCGUGGUAUGACAAUCGCAAUUCGCCUUUUGCCUCUAGCGCCGUACGUGGUAAUGCCGCUAGCGAUGGAGGUAUAGGCAGUGGUGAGGAAGGCGCAAAGGGACCAGGCGAUGCACCACCACCGGAGGACGAGGCAAAGCCAUCCUCCCGGCCUGAGAGUACAUCUGCUGCGCCGUACGCGUCCACAUCCAUGGGCGCCUACCCACGUGGGAUGCGAUCUGACACGGGGUACCCUGGCUCACCUCUCGUUCGUGGCUCGCCCUUGCCGGGUGGAGGCGGUCCACCCGGGUACGCUCAUCCGACUGCGUAUAUACGUCCCACGAUGCCAUACCGUGGUGAAUGGCAGAGCGAUAGCUAUAUUGCUCAAGCGCCUUCGUCGUCUCAAGACAGCGCCGAUGCUUAUAUGCGCAUGCCGAAAUAUGAAGGCGAUGUGUACACCGAUGGGCCGCCUGCUCCCUAUGCUGAUCCUUAUUAUGCCGCCUCGAAUCCCUAUGCUGCGUAUGGACGAAAUGGCAUGGUGCCUGGCAUGCAGUACAAGUAUGCGCCUGCGCCCCCCGGCACACGACCUGACAUGGAUGCAUCGUCGGGCGACGACGCUUCUGAUACGGACAAGCCAGUCUCAGCGGCCAAUGGCUUGGCGAUGGGUGCGCAUGCUCCACCGGCCUCGCGGUAUACGUCCACGAAGCCAGCUGGUGUGCCUGAAAGCGACUCAGGUGGCCCCAAGCUGCAUGUAUGCGAUGCCUGCAGCAAAACAUUUAGUCGUCGCUCUGACUUGGCCCGUCAUCGCCGUAUUCAUACGGGUGAGCGGCCAUAUCCUUGCGACUUUCCUGGGUGCGGUAAGAGCUUUAUUCAGCGCUCUGCCCUCACUGUGCAUUCCCGAGUGCACAGCGGUGAGCGUCCUCAUCAAUGUGAAUUCGAGGGCUGUGGCAAGAGUUUUUCGGACAGCAGCUCCUUAGCGCGCCACCGUCGAACCCAUACAGGCCGGCGUCCGUACGUAUGCACGGUGCCGUCGUGCGGGAAAAUGUUCACAAGACGCACAACCUUGAAUCGUCAUGUGCGUAGUCAUCAGCUGCCUCUCAAGAAGGGGCCUAUGGAUGGAUCGUUCAUGGAAGAAGGGGGCGAAAGCGAAGAGGACGACGAAGAAAGCGAUGGCGCUUAG